AUGUCAACAAAGUCUAAUCUAGGUGGUCUCCUCAUCCACCUCUUCCCGCGAGCGAGCGACCAGGACCAGAUACACCCAAUGGCGACGUCCCUCGAGAUUCUGCUCAACCCUUGGCCCACCCAAUCAGCCCUCCACAAGCAGCAGCAACAACAACAACAACCGUCGCCCUCCUCCUCAUUAUCCUCACAGCAUUCUUCUUCGUUAAAGCAACACCUCCUCCUCUACUACCACUACCAAAACCAGCUCCAUCUCCAACUCUCCCCUACAGACAGAUACCGCCCUCCCCCAGGGACCACCGCCCACGAUCUCGAACGCCGAUCCAUCGCCCUGGGAGAAUUUCUCUUUCGGAGACGAUGGCGACAUCCCGAUGUAGCCGGCUUUGAAGAUCUCAUCAUCCCUUCUUCUGCUUCCUGUUCCGGGAGAUCACCGUCUCCCGACGACCACGAAAACGACGACGAUGAUGAGGAUGAGGAUGAGGAUGAGGACGACAACGAUGACGAUUACCACAUGAACCACGAUGGCUCUGAUGAUGAUGACGAUGAUGACGACGACGAUAACGAUAACGACCCUCCCUCCUCCUCCUUCUACUACAAAACUCUCACCGCAAGCGUCAACCUCGACGAAACAAAUUCCCUGGCAAGCGUCUGGUUACUCUCGCGAACCGCCUCAUCAUCAUCAUCCUCCUCCUCCAUCACCGGCGCCGGGAAUCAACAUCAUCACCAUCAUGAGGAGAUCGUCACGGUAUUACAUUGGUGGCGGAGAAAAGGGGUCUGGGAAUGUUUUCGGCAGAGUGGGAUGGGGGUCGUCGGCGGUGAGGGGGGAGCAGGUUCGUGAAAAACGAUGAAGACCUGGCUCUUUUUCGGUCUGCUUUCUUCUUGACUUCCCUUCUUUCGGAGGAGGAGGGGGAGGGGAGUUCUUUUCUUUCUGCCCUUUUCGGUCUCCUUCCUCUGUUUCUCUAUACCGCAUGUUUUCUGGCAAUCGCAAGCGAGGCGGAGCGACCUGUUCUUGGAUUUCCCUUUAGAUUUCCAUGAUCCGUUUCUGGAAAGGGAGGGAAACCCCAGAAUGGGGUUCUUUACUCUGUUCAUUAUUUUUUUGAAUCUUCAGGGGAGGAGGCAAGGGCGCCCGGAGUAGCUGGAAGGGAGCGAGAGGAAUGAACAGGCCUGAUCAACAAGCUUGAUGAAUAGCAAUGGCAAUGAUGAUGAUGAUGAUG